AUGGAGCCUACAUAUAACCACCCGUUCAUCGCUGCUUGGACGUCCACGCCGAUCCCGGACCUCUCUCUCUCUGCGGGCGGUCUCCUUGCGCUCGCGGACCUCAACACUAUCGCCCAGCGCACGGCGAUUGCUGGCGGAGCGUCGUGGCUGGAUGCUUUUGUGCUCGCGCCGGGUUUGCACUACCAACAGGCGGCGGACUUGCUGACGCCUGAAUAUGGAUCCGGAAAACUGGUGCUGUCGACGCUGGACGGCGGGGCGAGGCGGUUUGUCGUGAGCAAUGUUGCCAUGGUGAAGUACCUGCGGAGGCUGUGGGAGAGGGAGGGCAAGUACGGGGUCGUGACGCUGUAUGUCAGGGCGGAGAAUGGCGUGGGCGGCAUGUCGUUUUCGUCGUCGUUGUCGCUGUUGCUGGGGAGGGAUGAUUCGCGGAGGAGGAGCCAGAGGCGGUGGCAGAGGGAUUUGAGGAGGCAGCUUGAGAGGGAGCACAAGAGCGCCGUGAGGGAGGUUCUCGAGAUGGACUGGGUGAGCCACGCGCUGUAUCUGCUGAGUCCGCUGCUGACGGUGACGGCGAUUGUGUUUAUGGUGUUGCUGCAGGACUGGUGGGGGUUGGGGUUCUUGAUUGCGCUCAUGGUGUCGAGGCUGGCGAAUAUCUGGGCUAUCAAGGAGCGGGCGAGGCCGGGGGGUUCGCCGCCGCCGCCGCUGCCGCCUCCCUCGGACGACGACGACGAGAAGCCCAAAUCAUCACCACCACCCCCUGCUGCUCCUUCGCCUCCUCCUCCUCCUGCGGCACGGGGGACGCCUGUGGGAGAGUCGAAGCAGUCGCUGGCGCUGCCGCUCACGUUUAAGCGACAAGAUUCAAGCAUGACGCAGUACACCAUCGACUGGGGCGACAACCGGCGCGUCAUCCUCAAGGGCGAGGACGCCGACCUGCGGGCCGUCACGACCGAGGCCUGGCUGCGGGCCAAGACGACGCUCGAGGGCUACCUCGAGGCCAUGUCCAAGCUCAUCGUCUACAUGGUGGCCUCCUUGAGCGGCAACCUCUCCCAGGCGGGCGCCGUGGUGCUCAUGGCGCUGCUGCUCGUCAGCGCGGGGCUUUUAGGCUUGAGCAACGCCCACGCGACGAGCAUGCAGAUGCACGGCCGGCGCGUCGGGCGGUUGAAGGUGGAAAAGGUCAGGAUUGCGCCGCUGGACCCGGGCAUGGCGGUGUCUGGGCAGGUAGAGGCCAUGUCGGACGGGAUUCCUGUGCAUAUUGUGCCGGUGGUUGGUGACUGA